CUCACAAGAAGAAUGGAUAACUUGCCCAAUAACUGUGUUUUAUGCGAUGAACCAACAACGGAGGAUACAGCCUGCACUGUUGGUUCAAAGGCAAUCGAAAAACUUGUGGUGUCAAGCAAGAGGCGGAAGGACAAAAAAUACUACCGUAUGCAGGAACGUAACUCACUUGUCAUUCAUAGAAGCUGCCAGGCCAGUCAAAUUAACAAACGAUGUAGUAAAUGAUGAAAUGACCAAUUGCGUGCAUUAUGUUAUUAACUACAUUUUGGACAACGCAGAAGACUCGCAGCUAUCUUUAAAAGAUAUUUUAGAACAUUACGACGGAGAAAUUCCACGUCUUGCCAGAAUAAAAGACAAAUUAGAAGAACAUUUUGGAGAGGAUAUUUUUUCAUACAAUAUACAUAACGAUAUUAUUAUAUGUUUUCGCGCUUCUCGAGAUAAAAUUUUAGAGGAUGGCUGGCGCUGUGCUAAAAAAAAGAAAAAUAAAGAAGAAGAACGUCUAGAAAUAGUUAAACAAGCGGCACAUAUCAUUUUGCAAGACGUACGAUCUCGAAAAUAUGAAUCGCAUGCAUACAAAGCGCCUAACAGCUUCUUCGACAAUGUAGACGCGGAUGUUCCCGAGACAUUACAAACUUUUUUAGAUAUAAUUAUUAAAACUCAUAAACGUUCGAAUGAGGAAAGUACAAAAUGGAAUAAUCGCGUCGCGACAAUCGCUCACAUUCUCAUUUCUUCCAUUCGACCGCGAACUUUUUUAUCUUCCAUACUUUUGGGAUUAUCUUCCAUGAUUCACAAAAAGCACGCAUCCAGAAACUUGAUCGAUUCAUUGUCUAAUCUUGGCCUCAUCGCGACUUACAGAGAAACCAUGCUAUUUGAAACUUCCGUAAUUAAUGAUCCUGAACAAUUUCAAAUCAAUGGCGACAGAUUCGUACAAUUUAUAUUUGAUAAUGCUGAUCAUAAUGUAAAUACACUUGAUGGCCGUAAUACUUUUCACGCCAUGGGUGGUAUCAUGUGUGUAACACCUUCGAGUGCUUUCUCUGCGGCUAAAACGAUUCAGCGACUGAAGAAUAUUCCAUCAGCUGAAACGAUUGGUAAAUUUGGUUUCAUCGAUGUUAUGCAAUUUGAAAAAAAAAAUUCGGCUGGACUGCAAUCUAUUAUUGUUGAAAAUGUAGAUGGGGAAAAUUAUCGUCCUAUUGACUUGACGUUUACUGACAUUCUAUGGCUUUAUAGUAAAAACAAAAAUCCAAACGCAACUCCUGGCUGGAAUGGUUUUAUGCAAAACAUAAAACAUUCUGAUGAUUAUGCAACAUCCAAAAUCUUACCACUACCAUUUGUUAAUGCUCCUCCCAGUGAUAUGAAUACAAUUUUUACUGUACUGAUAGAAGCAAGUCGUAGAACAAUGGCAGAAAAUCAAGAAGUUUGCGUGGUUACUUUCGAUCAGCCCUUGUAUUACAAAGCAAAAGAUAUAAUUACCUCGAUAGAUCCGCGAAAUGAUCCUUAUAAUUUGCGUUUUAUUUUUGUGAGGCUUGGAGGUUUCCACAUGCUGAUGAGUUUUUUGGGUUCCAUUGGCUUCAUAAUGGAUUGUAGUGGCCUUAAAGAAGCAUUUGGGACCAUUUUUGCUGAAAAUUCUGCUGAAAAAGCUCUUAACGGCCAUGCUUUUUCAAGAGCUGUUCGGGGCCAUAUUUUAGUUCAAGUUGCUCUUGCAAAUGUUAUUUUUUCGUACAUUAAUUUUGAUGCGUAUGAAAAACUUCAAUUAGAUCGCAUGCUGCAAGAGAUUGAAAAUCCAUACAUCGAACACGAAAUAUUAAAAAAUAAUGCUAGUGACUUACUGUCGAAAAAAUUUAAAGAUACGUUACAAUAUUUACAAACUUUUGGUCCAACUGCUUGCUUAUGGAUUCAAUAUUUCACUUUAAUCAAUAUUAUGAAACGUUUUAUUGAAGCAGAGCGCUGUGGUAAUUGGGAGUUGCAUUUAUCAUGUGUUCGUGACAUGAUUCCAUAUUUUUAUGCCUCAGGACAUUACCUGUAUGGUAAAUCGAGUCAACUGUACUUGCAAGAUGCUAUGAAAUUGGAAAAACAACUCAAUGUCAUGGAAUUUGAUAAGUUUGCGAAAUGCGGUUACUUCACUAUUCGUCGCAGUAAUAAAUAUUGGUCAGGCAUCUGGUCAGAUAUGACCAUAGAGCAAGUGCUCAUGAAAUCUAUGAAAAGUGCCGGUGGACUUACUCAUGGCCGCGGUAUUUCAGACAGUGUUUUAUGUAAGUGGAUUCUCUCAAGCAUUAUUCUGACAGAGAUAUCAAACGAAAUGGAAAACUUUUGUAACGUGUGUUAUUCAACAUCUGAGCAGCACGUGGAUGCAGGUGUAUCUCGGAUUAAACGAGAUGCGUCAGAUUUAGACAAACUUGUAAGUUUUUUUUCAACUUACGAUCCAUUUCCAGCAUCAAAUACAAUUUCGUCGAUAUAUUCUGGUGUCGUUGGAAACGAGUCGAUAAAUUGCCAUCAAGCUGCAGAAGUUGGAACUCAGUUGUUACACAACACAAUUGGCAAAUCGUUUGCUUCAUUGAAGUCUGUAAAAAAAAAUCGAGUACAAACACUGCGAUCUGUGCAUACGUAUGUAAAAGUACAUGACGAGAAAAUUGAAAUAAAUCCCUUAUUGAUAUUUCAGAGAAUUGCUUUGAAUAUAAAAACAAAGACUGACAUGAAACAAUAUUUAAAAUAUGAAUUAGCUCCAAUGCCUCUCUCAAUAUUCGAUGAUUCCGGGAUGCGGAAAACGCAAAAAUCGCUUUUUUAUGAUAAUUUCAAUGCUAUACAGCCUUCGCCAAUCUUUCAAAACUGCAUCAACGUCAUAGAUGGCGGUUUUUUCAUUCAUAAAGUUGUUUGGACGAGUAAUAAAACUGUUUCUCAAAUAUUAGGAUUUUAUACACUUUAUGCAGAGAAUCAUUUUACAAAAAAUUCAGUUUUUAUUUUUGACGGAUACCCAGACAAUCUUGCGUUAAGUACCAAAUCCGUGGAACGCAUGCGGAGACAAAUAAAGCAGACCGGAAGAGAAAUUAAUUUUGACUUGAAUACAAAUAUCACCUGUCCGAAAGAAAAGUUCUUUUCAAACGAAAAAAAUAAAAAAAAUUUUAUCUUCUUAUUAGCUGGGGAAUUACAAAAAUUAGGAUUUACUACUGACACUGCUCAAGAAGAUGCCGAUACUCUGAUUAUAUCUACGGCUAUUCAGUUACAAAAAGACAAUCAAAGUAUAGUAAAAAUUAUUGGAGAAGACACAGAUCUGUUAGUAUUAUUGAUGCAAUUAGCGCCUACAAAUCAAGAUAUAUAUUUCUGUAAGCCUGGAAAAGGCCAAGAAAGUGAAAAAGUUUAUAAUUGUAAUAGUUUCAAGUAUCCCGGAUUAAUUAAUUACGUCGCAUUGUUGUAUAUAAUAACGGGAUGUGACACUACGUCAUGUUUUUAUAAAAAAGGAAAAAAUAAAAUUUUAAAAAUAUUCAAAGAUGAAAACGAAGAAAACCUGCAAAAGUUUGAUAUAUUUUAUGACAAAAAAGCAAAGCACAAACACAUAGCAAAAACCGGGUGCGAAAUAAUUUCAAGUAUAUAUUCAUCCCAAAAAAACGAUGAACAAUUGAACGAAUUAAGAUACUUGCUUUUUGAAAAGUCAACAGCUAAGUCUUCUUUUCAUUUGGGAAAUUUGCCACCAACUGAGGGUGCUGCUACUCAGCAUGUCUACAGAACCUAUCACCAAUUGCAAACGUGGCUGGGAUAUGAAUCAGAUCCGCAAAAAUGGGGUUGGAAAGUUGUUGCAAAUACUUUGGAACCAAUUUACAGCUGCGACCCAAUGAUCCCCGAAAAUAUCAUUAAAAGAAUUGCAUGUAGAUGUGAAAGUGGUUGUAAAUCUAACAAUUGCGGCUGCAAGAAGCAUGGAUUGAAAUGUUCAAACAUAUGUUUGCGAUGCACAGACGAAAAUUGCUCCAACAUGGAAGAUGAAUUAUUAAUAAUGGAUUCAGACGAUGAUAUAAACGAGCUAAAUGGUGAAGACACAACGCCAAAAGCUAAUUCGGACACUAUUGAUAACAGCGUCGUUAUCGAUAACGAUGACAACAUCGACGAAUUAUGUACAAAACGACGAAAAUUAUGUUAAUUUUAUAUUUAUCGAUAUUCUUCACUGAACAUUCCGUACUGUUAAUUGUUGUAUUACUAAAAUAACAUGUUUUUAAUAUUCACAAAUAAAUUUUAAA